AUGGCCCGCUUCACAGGCAAAAUCGCCCUAGUCACCUCCGCCGCGUCAGGGAGCGGCGCCGCCAUCGUCCGCCGGCUAGCUUCUGAAGGCGCGACCGUCAUCGCGGCCGACAAGACCGGGCAAGAUGCACUCGCUGCGGAGCUGGGAGAGUCCGUCAUAGCGCGCACGCUCGACGCGGCGUCCGAAGCCAGCAUCGCCGAGCUGGACCAGUACAUCCGAACGGCGCACGGCCGGCUCGACAUUUUGAUCAACAACACGGCCAUGGGCGGGCCGCGCUGCCCGAUCCUGGACGUGACACCGGCGGCCGCCGCCGAGGUCUUCAACUACAACAUCCUCGGCGCCUAUCUGCUCCUGCAGCUGGGGCUGCGCUUCAUGGCCAGCCAGCCCGAGGGAGGGUCCGUCGUCCUCACGGCCAGCAUCGCCGGGCUGAUCGGCACGCCGCACUCGUCGCCCUACUCGGUGUCCAAGGGCGCCGUCAUCGCCAUGUGCAAGACGGCGGCCGUCGAGUACGCCAAGGAAGGUAUACGCGUCAAUUGCGUGGCGCCGGGCCCGACGGCUGUGCCGAUGGUGCAGAAGCUCGGCGACUCGGUGACAGAUGGGAUGCGGCGGCGGAUUCCCCAGGGCAGGCUCGCCGAGCCGACAGAGGUUGCCGGGGUUGUUGCGUUCCUUGCUGACAGCGUCGAUGCGGGGCAUGUCACUGGCCAAGUGUGGGCUGUCGAUGGUGGUUGGACGGCGGCCUAG